UCCAACUUCAACAUCAGACAGCUGGAGAUGAUCCUGAACAAACCGGGGCUCAAGUACAAACCUGUUCUCAACCAGGUUGAAUGUCACCCUUACCUCAACCAAGGCAAACUACUGGCCUUCUGCAAAUCCAAGGAUAUCCUCCUCGAAGCCUAUUUUGUUCUGGGAUCACAGAGAGACAAGAACUGGGUAGACCAAAGCACCCCAGUUCUGCUGGAGGACCCAGUAUUGGGUGCAAUUGCCAAAAAAUACAACCGAAGCCCUGCUCUAGUAGCCCUGCGCUACCAGCUGCAGCGUGGUAUCGUGGUCCUCUUUAAGAGCUUCACCAGAAAGCGUAUUGAAGAAAACUUCCAGGUUUUUGACUUCCAGCUCUCUGAGGAGGACAUGAAAACCAUUGAUGGGAUGAACAAAAACUGUUCCUAUGUGCAUUUAAAACA